UGCUGAUCAGAAUCCUCCAUUCAAGCAUUGCUGAAGUAGCUCGGCUACAGUACCAACGCCAAAGGGCCAUCAAAGUCGAUGCACAUCUUCCUUGUCCGAGCAGGCUUUCUUGUGUAGGAUAGCACGCAUUCCUGCCCCGCUGACGGUAGGCAAUUGCGUCAAAAGGCGUGGCGCCUCCCAAGAAGAAACGACGCUGCAAUAGGCUUGAUGAGCUUCAAAAGCUGACAGUCUCGCAUUAGAAGAAAGGGGUCUCCCCUGUGGAAAGCUCAUACCCCAUUGCCUUCCAUAGAAUCAGACCAGGGCAAUGACGUUCUUUCAUUUCAUCAACUGCUCGGCGCUCACCUUCCUGCCGCACUUCAUAUACUACAAGGCCACACCACUGUCCGACUACGACACCUUCACGACAAGCGCAAAAGCAGCGGCAGUUUACAUCGCCACCGCCCUUCUAAAACUCAUCUGCCAAGCCACGUUCCUACGAGUUCAAGAUGCAGACGUUUUCGAUCUCAACCAGGAGAUCCUCAAGGGCCUGAUUGGCUUUCUGGACAUCGUUGGCAUCUACUUUGCUCUGACGCAGCUUCAGUACCGCAACAUCUCCCAGAACCACAAGUUCCAGGCGGUCGGCUUAGGUUGGGCCUUUGCCGACUCCGUGCUCCAUCGGGCUGUCCCCCUGUGGGUGAACGCACGCAAGGCGGAGUCCUCCUGGGACGACCUCCUGCAGGGCUUCGAGGCGAACGCGAACCUGGUCUUCAACCUGUCGUUGGCGGCUCUGGCGUCCCUCAUCUGGCUCCGGAAAAGCAAGCCCGCCGGCCUGCUGCCCAUUCUGUACACAUUUGCGGGCGUGCACGCUGCGCUGCCUGUUGUCCUGAGCUACCUCCGUCUGGGCAAGGUUACCGACGGGGUGUCGGUCGUUGGCUUUGAGAUCGCCGCGGUUGUCGUUCUCGCCAUCAUAAGCUGGCGGCUAUUCGUACUCUGCAGCUACCGCAACAGCGCUUAAAACGGGUCGUUUGCCGUCAGACUGCAUGACGAUUAGCCCAACGGGAGUUGCGAUAUGGGGAAUUGUUGCUUGCCCGUAUUCAGCAGAAAGUGAUGAGGAUGACGAAGACGGAAAUGCAAUUCAUACAGAAUUAAGGAAGCGAAUGCUGUUGCAAACGGGCUUCGGUUAUGGUUAUCGUCGACCGUGGUGCCUCAACGCCUCAAAGUGCGACGUUUGAUUUUCGAAAGACCCGCUAAGUGCAGUCAACCGGGUCGAGAAGACGAUUGACUCAUCAUUAAAGUGCUCAUUCCAGGUGAAAGCUGCAAAUAUCAAAGUGCACUCGUUC